AUGGGAAGGUUUUCUGUCAGCAUUCCUGGCCGAAGAAGAACCCUUUCAAAUAGCAAUAUCUAUCAAGAAAUCGAAACCCUCGUCGACCAUACGUUAAGUAAUGAAGCAUGGGGACCAUCAGUAAUUCAACUUUCGUCACUUUCAAAGCAUUCCAAUGAUUCGUUCCAUAAUCAACUCACGAUAUUGACGGCAAUUUUUGAAAAAUUGGUCGAGUGUUACGACAAGGGAAAGAACCCGAUCAGUGGCAUCAAGAGCAGUUUUGCGGGAUUCAGUAACCAUAAGAAUAAUAUUGUGACUCCUAAUAAUGUGACCUCGACAUCAAAAAGGAAUGUGGAUGUUGAGUACCGAGUGGUCCUCAAGUGCUUGAUCACCUUGGAUUAUUUGUUGGUGCAUGCAGCCGACGACGAUAAGAUCUCACACAGUUAUCAGUCAUAUAAUUCGCACUACGAUGAUAUUUUGCACCGGAUCAACGAGAGUUAUCAUUUGCCAAAGUUGGAAUUUAAGGCAAGUCAAGUGAUCAAGAAGAAAUCUUCAGAUUUGUUGGAGUUGGUUGGCAACCAUGAGUUGUUACAGGAAAUGAGAAGGGACUGCCGGGAUGGUAGGCACGACGACGAUAGUAAAUAUGAUAUCUCUAUGAUAUUAGGCAAUGAUUUGAUUAAUGCCAACCAUGCACAUCCGUCAUCAAUAGUCACCGAAGACGACCAGCUGCCCGACAAUUAUAGAAGUUUAUCAGGAGGAAUAUCCACCACUGACGAUUAUAUUGAACCUCCAGGAAUAUCAUCAAAGUCUAAAUAUCUUGGGUUAAGAAAAAAAGCAUCGAAUCAUGCAUUGUCGGCGUCACUGAAGAUAUGGCGAAAGCAUUCCGCGAGCCCCAAAUUAAACCAUGGUAAUCGAAGGGUCCUGGAGGAUCGUUUGUUAGAUGAUGAUUAUGAUUACGGCGACCAUGAGAAAGCUCCACACUCUAACAAUGAUCACACUAUAGAAGGAACAAAGUCCCGAUCACGGUCGCUUUCGUCAUUGAGCAGUAGUUUUAGUUCCAAACUUCAUUUAUCCAGUGGUCGUCGCCUGAAGAAAUUACACGAUGUCGACUUUGAUGAGAACGACGAGAGCGAUAAUGAUGAUGAUGAUGAUGAUGAUGAUGAUGAUGAUGAUGACGACGACGAUGAUAAUGAUGCUUGGGAACCAGGAUUUUCAAAGAAUGAAAGCGUCACUUCAUUUGGCUCGUCCUCUUCUCCACAUCGUAAGACUGCUUCUGGCUCAUUACAUUUUUCUGCCACCAAUUCGCUCAAGAAACUUACCCCUCCUCCAGGGAUGAUAACUAGAAAAUUCAGAUCGAACUCCCUGCCCACGAAAAUCGUCACUUUCAAUCAGCUUCACAAGCAAAAUAACAACAAUAGUAAUAACUCAGUCAUGUCUGAUGAUUUGCAACCAAUAGUUUCCCAGCUCCAAACCCAGACUAUCCCUAUCAACUUCACGGUCCCUUUUUCCCCUGGAUCUCCGAAACCGCCAGCCCCGCCAUCACCAAUGAGGUCCCAUACCACCGAUUUUAGAGAAAUACAUACCAGGAAUCCUUAUCAUAAUGGGCCUACCACCAUAGGGUUUAAUCGUGUGGCCAACCCAAACAAUCCAUUCUUGAGCCCGUUAAUGGAAUCUCAGGCCUCCACUUCGAAUUUUGGUAGUCCAAUCAUCAAUUCCCAGGGAUUCGAAGCAAAUAGUACGGGAGGAAGUUUCGCCCAACAUGGAAUGACUAGUCCAAUAGUGACCAAUCCGUUUGCCACACCAAAUGUCAAUAGCGAGCCCACUUUCUUUUGA